AUGGCGUACAUGUGCGCCGACAGCGGCAACCUCAUGGCCAUCGCGCAGCAGGUGAUCCAGCAGCAGCAGCAGCAACAGCAGCACCAGAGGCACCACCACCACCACCUGCCGCCGCCGCCGAUGCCGCUCCCGCUCCCGCUCCCGCCGCGCCAGGCGCCGCCGGUGCCGCCGGCCCCGGCCCCCCCGCACGGCCAGAUCCCGGCGGCAUCCCUGCCGUACGGCGGCGGCGCGUGGCCCCAGGCGGACCAUUUCUUCCCUGACGCCUUCGCCGGCACGUCCGCGGCUGACGCGGUGUUCUCCGACCUCGCCGCCGCCGCGGACUUCGACUCCGAUGUGUGGAUGGACAGCCUCAUCGGGGACGCACCGGUCUUCGCGGACUCCGACCUCGAGCGCCUCAUCUUCACCACCCCGCCGCCGCCCGUCCCCUCCCUCCUCGCCUGCUCCCGUACAGCGGCCGCUGACCAAGGGCUCGCGGCCGUGGAGCUCGUCAAGGUGCGCGCUGCCGCCUCCGACGAUGGGGACCCCGCGGAGCGCGUGGCGUUCUACUUCGCGGACGCGCUGGCGCGCCGCCUCGCGUGCGGCGGCGGGGCGCAACCCUCGACGGCAGUGGACGCGCGCUUCGCCUCCGACGAGCUCACGCUCUGCUACAAGACACUCAAUGACGCCUGCCCCUACUCCAAGUUCGCGCACCUGACCGCCAACCAGGCCAUCCUGGAGGCUACGGGCACGGCAACCAAGAUCCAUAUCGUUGACUUCGGGAUCGUGCAGGGUAUCCAAUGGGCGGCGCUGCUCCAGGCGCUCGCCACUCGCCCGGGGGAGAAGCCGUCCCGGGUUCGUAUCUCCGGUGUACCCUCGCCGUACUUGGGGCCAAAGCCUGCGACGUCCCUCGCCGCAACCAGUGCCCGUCUCAGCGACUUCGCCAAACUUCUUGGGGUGGACUUCGAGUUCGUCCCAUUGCUGCGGCCAGUGCACGAGCUGGAUCGGUCGGAUUUCUCGGUUGAGCCUGACGAGACCGUAGCUGUCAAUUUCAUGCUCCAGUUGUACCACCUUCUUGGCGACUCCGAUGAGCCCGUGCGACGACUCCUCCGGCUGGUUAAGUCACUGGAUCCAUCAGUGGUUACCCUUGGGGAGUAUGAGGUCAGUCUGAACCGAGCUGGGUUCGUCGACCGGUUUGCCAAUGCACUGUUGUAUUACAAGCCAGUGUUCGAGUCACUGGAUGUGGCGAUGCCACGGGACUCACCGGAGAGGGUGAGGGUGGAGCGAUGCAUGUUUGGGGAGCGCAUUCGAAGAGCCAUUGGGCCAGAGGAGGGUGAAGAGAGGACUGAUAGGAUGGCGGCUAGUAGGGAGUGGCAGACACUAAUGGAGUGGUGUGGCUUUGAGCCUGUCAAGUUCAGCAACUAUGCCAUGAGCCAGGCUGAUCUUUUACUUUGGAAUUAUGAUUCAAAGUACAAGUAUUCACUUGUUGAGCUGCCACCAGCGUUCUUAUCUCUGGCUUGGGAGAAGCGGCCGCUGCUCACCGUGUCUGCUUGGCGGUGA